AGAAACACAGUAAAACCCUAACCCUAUAUAAAUCAAAUACCUUCCCUUCACUUGUUCGUCGCCGUCUUCACAAAAAAAUAUUAGCUUUCCGCCUCCAUCGAGAUCUCCACCAACUAAAAUGAAGGUUGUCGCCGCCUACUUGCUCGCCGCUUUGAGCGGAAAAGCUUCCCCAGCCAGUGCCGAUAUCAAACAAAUACUCGGAUCUGUUGGUUGUGAAUCUGAAGACUCUCAGAUUGAGCUUUUGUUGAAGGAAGUCAGUGGUAAAGACUUGUGUGACCUGAUUGCUACUGGAAGGGAGAAGUUGGCUUCCGUUCCAAGCGGUGGUGGUGGUGUUGCCAUGGCCUCUGCUCCUUCUGCCGGCGGUGGUGGUGGUGGUUCUCCUGCGGCUGAGGCCAAGAAGGAAGAGAAGAAAGAAGAGAAGGAAGAAUCCGAUGAUGUAAGUUUCACUUUGUCUCUAGCAAAACUUAAAAACAUUUUCUUAGUGAAAUAAUGAUGGCUCACUUUGUGUUUUUUUUUGUGUGUGUUGAUUUGCAGGACAUGGGUUUCAGUCUAUUCGAGUAAGGCAGUAAUGCUUGUUGGCUUAUGUUUUUGUAAUCCUUUUCCAUUUUAUGUUGUUGUUUCUUAGUUUGUACUGGAUGGGUUAUCUUUUUGACAUUUCUGCAUUUCUCUUGAGAUUUUUAGUUAAAUUCA